ACAAUGUUGCCUGAUGUUUUCGGUGGUCCCUGGGGAGGAAGCCACUGUCGUGAUUCUCCGGUGCAAACAAUUCGAAAGUGCUCCUGUUCCUCAGGAUCCUGCCACGCUAAAGACCAGUACAUUGCGCAAUUCAAGGACACACUCCAAACUUGUGUUCCAAACAAAGUCGCUGCAUUUAUUGCCGAGCCAAUUCAAGGCGUAAAUGGAGCUGUUCAGUUUCCCAAAGGGUUCCUAAAGGAGGCUUAUCAGUUGGUGCGUGAAAGGGGAGGUCUCUGCAUUGCAGACGAGGUUCAGACUGGAUUUGGUCGAACGGGCAGUCAUUUCUGGGGAUUUCAAGGACACGAGGUCGUUCCAGACAUAGUUACCAUGGCCAAAGGAAUUGGUAACGGCUUUCCCAUGGCAGCAGUUGUGACUACAACAGAAAUUGCACACAGUUUGACAGAGAGCCUCCAUUUCAACACGUUUGGAGGCAAUCCCAUGGCUUGUGCAGUUGGAUCUGCGGUCCUGGAUGCAAUAGCGGAAGAUGGCUUGCAGAAAAAUUGCCAAGAGGUCGGAACUCACUUACUCUUAGAGUUUGCAAAGCUGCGGGAUAAAUUUGAAAGUGUUGGAGAUGUUCGUGGCAAAGGACUUAUGAUUGGGAUAGAGAUGGUCAAGAAUAAGGAAAGCCGCCAGCCACUUCCAGCUGAAGAGAUGGACCAGAUUUGGGAAGACUGCAAGGACAUGGGAAUACUGAUUGGCAAAGGAGGGAUGCAAUUACAGACAUUUAGAAUUAAACCUCCGAUGUGCAUUACUAAGGAAGAUGCAGAUUUUGCAGUAGCCGUCUUCCAGGAAGCCUUAAUAAGACAUGUGGAAAGAACAGCUGGAAAAUAAGAGAACUUACACACGUACGCACGCACGCACGGACCCAAGAUGCAUUGGACUCACUGUGAAUAAAUCCAUGAACCAGAACUCAU